AUGCAGCCCGUGAAGCCGCCCAUGCAGCUCACAAUCGGAGUCUUGCCGGAAAACCUCGAAACUCCAUUACACCCCAACAUACAGCGGACUCUCAGAAGGGCCAUAGAGAAGCUAGAACAUGCAGGCCAUCUCAUCGUGGAUCUGUCUAAGCAGAUCGACUUCUUGGGAGCUGCAGCAGAUCUGGCAUUCCGCUUCUUCCGAAUUGAUCCAGAUCAGACCGCGUUGCAACAUAUCCGCAAUUCUGGAGAGCCGGCAAUACCAUCACUUCGAUUCACGUACGACCUCGACGGAAAAGUAGAAGAGCCGACUUUGCGAGGAUUGUUUGAUUUGAAUGCCUCACGUGCAGAAAUCGCGGCUAAAAUGCGCCGCGUGUUCCUGGACAACCAUCUAGAUGUUAUUGUCGGACCUGGAUACCAGAGUACGGCGGUUUCCCAUGAUACUUUUGGUUGGGGGUACAUCCGGUCGGAGAUUCUGAAUCCGUUUUAG